GAGACUUCCUCGUUGGAGCGGAUCGAUCUAGCAGAUGCCUUUCACUCCGAAGUGGGCCACGCCUUCACCACUGCGGACGAUGAUGUGAAGGCUACUAGCCCGGCGGCGGUUAUCAACAAUUACCUAUGUGAUUUGGACGAAGUUCCUGAAGAAGAGGAAAUUAACACCUGGCACGGAACCACGGAAGUCGGCUCUCGGCCGUCGACGUCGCGGUCGCUUAACAAGGAAGAUUCCACCCCAGCUGUAACGACUUCCGAUCCCCCAGCAAAGGAAUCCCGUGAGUCAGCGUCGGCCGUUCAGGGUCAGGCGUCAUCCUGUUCAGAGGCUUUGAUGUCUCCCACUGUGCCGCAGUUCUAUCUGAACCUUGAUGAAUCCCCUGUCUCGCAGGCUGGAGAUGCUAAAAGGAGACAGUCGGAGAGCAAACGAACCCCUGGCUUCGAGGCCUUCUCGCAUUCUUGGGAUGAGGAUAUCGAUUAUUGCUAUGAGCAUGCGGCCGAGGCCAACUGUGACUUCGACUGGCAUCGUAACUCUAUGGAGAUACCGACAGUGGCGGUGGCCGAUGUGUCUCCCACCACCCCGCAGACAGAGAAAACGGAUGGGAACCAACCGAUGUCUCCUCGUUCGCUGUCCCGCCUCCGCACCUCCGCUUCUGCUCCUGGAACGCCGGAUCUAGACCCGGGUUCAGCUCAAUCGGUGGUGACUCGGUCCCAUGAGGCGGUUACCCCGCUAAGUGAAGGCGUCACCACUGUUGACCCCUUUGCUGCCCAGGCCCAGGUUUCGGAUCACGGCGAUUACUUCAAGCAGGUCGAUUCCGAUCUUCUGUCGGCUGCUAUGGACAAAGAUAUGGCCCAGGAUGCGAUGUAUGAAGAAUUCCUUGCGGCUGGGGAGGACUCGGACCGUCAUUUUGCUUUCUACCCUCAGAGCAGAUCUCAGUCGGUGGAUAUUCCGGUCUCGCCUAGGAGCAGUUGUUCGCCGAUUAGCAAAUAUAACUCGCAGGAGAGCAUCAUCUUAUCCCGUGCGGCUUCCGUCGUUCGUAAGCAUCGCUCCUCGACGUCCACGGCCAGUGUACCGGAACUUGUCCCGAGCGCGAACAGCAGUCGCGAAAACACAAUCAGAGAGAGCACCGGAUCUGUUGAGCAUGCCAUGUUCGGGCCGACUGCUGACUCUGUACGCCAAGGGCUGCCUUCUUACCAUCGCCAGACCAGGAGCCUGGCUCCUGAGUUGGGCUCUUCAUCCAAUCUGAGAGCUACUCGGAGUAGCGGUAGCAUUAAUGCUGUUGAUGUGCCCUCUCCCAUAGCAUCCCCGGUCCAUGAUAGGACCAAAUCCGUGUCUGCAGUCGAGCAUGAGACGGCGCACCGCACCCAGAAAGGAGAGGGGCCUCCAUUCGCAGUGCGGAUGCAAUCCGCCCCGUUGGCACAAAGGAGGAAAAGUCGAGCUUCGUAUUCGCUCUUCCCUGCUUCCAUGACAUCAUCUCAACGCCGUUGA